AUGUCAAGACCUCUGACCACUAGAUCCCCUGCUUCUCCACUGAACAACCAAGGCAUUCUUACUCCAGCACAACUCACAAAAUCCAAUGCGCCCGUCCACAUUGAUGUGGGCAGCCACAUGUACACCGGCAGUCUGGCUACCCUCACCAAAUACCCUGAAUCAAGAAUCGGAAGACUUUUUGAUGGUACAGAACCCAUUGUUUUGGACAGUCUCAAACAGCACUAUUUCAUUGACAGAGAUGGACAGAUGUUCAACUGUAUCUUGAAUUUUCUACGAACAUCAAAACUCCUCAUUCAUGACAAUUUCAAGGACUACACUUCGUUAUAUGAAGAGGCAAAAUGUUUUCAGCUUCAGCCCAUGUUGUUGGAAAUGGAAAGAUGGAAGCAGGACAGAGAAACUGGUCGCUUUUCCAAGCCUUGUGAGUACCUCGUGGUGCGUGUGGCCACAGAUCUUGGAGAAAGGAUCACACUGAGCGGUGACAAAUCCUUGAUAGAGGAAGUGUUUCCAGAGAUUGGUGAUGUGAUGUGUAACUCAUUCAAUGCCAGCUGGAAUCACAACUCAACGCACGUCAUCAGGUUUCCACUAAAUGGCUACUGUCACCUCAACUCAUUCCAGGUCCUCGAGAGGUUGCAGCAAAGAGGGUUUGAAAUCUUGGGCUCCUGUGGGGGAGAGUGGACUCAUCCCAGUUCAGUGAAUACGUCCUUCAGCAGGAACUGA